UUUAGUGUGGCAUAGCAAAGUGUCGGAACACAAACUCAUGGGGAUAUCACAGUAUGCACAUGAGACUCCCUUGAGGAUGAGUUUAGCAGCUGUGAGACCAACAUUUCCAUACCAGAGCCUCUCCGUGGGGAGAUCACCAACUCUCUGAAGGGAGCAGGGAGUGGUAGGUGUGGAAGCUCGGCAGCUCAAAAGCAGCAGUGGUGACUGGCUUUGGUUCCUGAGUGGUGCAGUUAUGGGCAGGCCAGAGGGGUUGGCCAGGCCACCUCUGGUGUCAGCCAUGGCGUUUUCCCUCCUGGUUCUCUCUUUCCUCUGCACCAGGGUCUCCAGCCUCCCACAGCCUCUGCCAAGAGUCUUCCUCUCCUUUGAAGACCUGCAGGCCUCUGAGUCAUUUGAGCAUUAUAGUAUAUCAGACAAAGCCAUGGACUACAGGCUGCUGCAGAUGGAUGAGGACCAGGACAGGAUGUAUGUGGGCUGCAAGGACCAUGUGCUCUCCAUGGACAUCAACAACAUCACCCAUGGCACACUUAAGCUGUUUUGGCCUGCUUCAACAAGCAAAAUAGAAGAAUGCCAAAUGGCAGGCAAGGACCCUACACACGGCUGUGGGAACUUCAUCCGGGUGGUGCAGCCUUAUAACAGAACUCAUCUGUUCAUGUGUGGCAGUGGAGCGUAUAGUCCCGUCUGUGUGUACGUGAACAGGGGCCGCAGACCAGAGGAACAAGUAUUUCACAUUGACUCCAGGACAGAGUCAGGAAAAGGGAGGUGCUCCUUCAAUCCACAAGUGAAUACAGUCUCUGUCAUGCUCAAUCAGGAGCUGUUCUCAGGCAUGUACAUUGACUUCAUGGGGACAGAUGCUGCCAUCUUCAGGAGCCUAACCAAGAGAAAUGCAGUGCGGACAGAUCAGCACAACUCUAAGUGGCUUAGUGAGCCCAUUUUCAUCGACUCCCACCUCAUACCAGAUGGAACAGACCCUAAUGACUCCAAAUUGUAUUUUUUCUUCCGCGAGAGGCUAACAGAUAACAAUGGAAAUACUAAGAAUAUCCACACCAUGGUGGCCAGAGUGUGUCCGGUAAGUCCCUUUUGCUUUCGCCAAAAUAAACCAGCACCGUUUCUUUUGUGUUUUUGCGUUGCUAUGUGCGGCUUUUGUCGGCAGAAUGAUAUUGGCGGACAGCGCAGCCUGGUCAAUAAAUGGACCACCUUUCUUAAAGCCAGGAUGGUUUGUUCAGUUGUGGAGGAGGAUGGCACCGAAACCCAUUUUGAUGAACUUGAAAGUGUGUUUUUGCUGGAAACGGAUCUGCCCAAGGGCCUGUUGGUGUUUGGCGUGUUCACUUCCACAAGCUCCGUGUUUAAAGGCUCAGCAGUGUGCGUGUACAACAUGGCGGACAUUCUCACAGUCUUCAACGGGCCCUUCGCUCAUAGAGAAGGGCCCAACUUUCAGUGGAUUGCAUUCCAGGGGCGCAUCCCCUACCCAAGGCCUGGAACUUGUCCUGGUGGAGCCUUCACACCUGACAUUCAGACAACAAAGGAGUUCCCAGAUGAUGUGGUGACCUUUGUCCGCAACCAUCCUGUAAUGUUUAACGCCAUCUAUCCGGUGGGGAGGAGACCCCUGGUGGUUCGUACGAAUGCUGAUUAUAAAUACACGGCAGUGGCUGUGGACCAGGUCAUGGCCGCUGACGGCAACUACCAGGUGCUCUUCCUUGGCACAGACAAAGGUACAAUACAGAAGGUGAUUGUGCUGCCCAGCAACCAUUCCCUGCAUGACGAUCUGAUCCUGGAGGAGCUGGAAGUGUUUAAGAAUAAGGCUCCUGUUACAAACUUAAGAAUAUCCUCUAAAAAACAACAGCUGUACGCCAGCUCGGAGUUCGGGGUCUCGCAGGUCUCCCUGCACCGUUGUCAGGCUUAUGGCUCGGCUUGCGCUGACUGCUGCCUCGCCAGAGACCCCUACUGUGCCUGGGAUGGACUGAGCUGCUCCCGCUUCUAUCCCACUGGCAAAAGGAGAAGCAGAAGGCAGGAUAUUAUGCAUGGAAAUCCACUCACUCAGUGUAGAGGAUUCAAUUUAAAAGCCUACAGGAACGCAGUGGAGAUGACACAGUACGGCGUAAAAAACAACACCACUUUUCUGGAGUGUCUUCCCAAGUCUCCUCAGGCGUCUAUUCGCUGGCUGAUUCAGCGAGACAAUGACAGAAGGAAAGAGGUUAAGCUGAGUGACCGCGUCCUCUCCACCGAGCAUGGCCUCCUCAUCCGCUCUGUGCAGCUGUCCGACCAGGGUCUUUACUACUGCCUGACCACCGAGAAUGGCUUUAAACGCACCGUCGCCAAAAUCCGUUUGCGUGUGCUGAGUGAAGCCAUGGUGAGCAUGCUGACAGACAAGCAGCAGUCGCCUUGGGCAUGGGCCAGCUCUUUGCACCCCAAGGUCCUUUUGGCAGCCUUCAGUCCCGCAGAGAACCUGGCAGUGCAACAAUACUGCAAAGAGAGAAAGGAGCUCAAGAACCUCCAACAGAGGCAGCAGCAGCAGCCAUCGGAGCCACCCGGACCUCUCAGAGGGGAUUUGGCCAAACUGAAACCAUUGCUGGACCGGAGGAAGAGCCGCAAUAGACGCAAUCACCCAGAGGACUGACAGAGGGAGCUUGCAGCUGCAAAAACGGACAUGCACAAUUUCCUAUAGUCCCUACAAAACAGUUACAGAUCCCCAUAUUCCAACUUUCAUCUCAACCUCAGAGCUCCGUAGUUGAUAGACAUUAGAGGGAGAAGCAUGGGGAAAUGUUAUAUAGCAAUAUGUCCUUUUUUUUUGCAUGAGGUACUGUGACCAGAAGGCUGUGACAUGAGCCAUUCUUUUUUUUCACAGUCACAACACAAAUCAAAGCAGCCCUAUUAUGACUGCCCCUAAGAAUCUGUUGUGGGAGUAGAAUUUGAACUAGUUGGACAUAAGCUCACAGUCAAUUUGUACUUCUUGAAAGAAGAGGAAAGUAAUUUAAAAAGCUCAUGUUAAAUGGAGCUGUUUGAAAAGGGACAAGCAAUAGGCAGAUGCAUGUUUAUUAGAUGCUACUCCUUUUUGAAUAUUUUAUUUUUUAACUAACCAAACGAUUAAAUUAUGGGACACUCUACAGGACUUUGAGAAUAUAUGUAGUUAGCAUACUGUUUACACAAACAAUGGUCAUGCUAAGAGCCCACGGCAAUAAAAAGUGUGGUGUUGGAGGGACGAAAGUUGAAACUCUAUUAGUUCAAAGGCCAAGCUUUACGUCCAGUGCUGAUGCUACCCAAAUGGCAAUUCUUGUUGCAUACAUGUCGUCUAUAUUUAUUCCUACUACUCAGAUGUACAUGUACUGUAUGAAUAUGUGCCUCAUGUGUAAUCUGCAUAUUGUAUCACAAUUCUCUCAUUUCCAACACAGACGCAUGUUCAUAGAAGGUGUCUUAAAUCCUCGCCUCGGUUAGAUUUUAGCAACCAAGCUAGCAGAUACACACAUUUUAUUUAGUGUAAAACUACGCAGCUGCUGAAACACGACAGUAUCCGUUAUUGGAUCCACAUUUUCUGAGCUAUCUCCAGCAACUUGGACAUACUUUUAAUUCAGAAGUAGUAAUUGUCAGUGAGGUAGUCUGUGAUUUAGAGCCUUCAACAUAUGUGAAAAGCCAAUUUUUUUUUCCUAAGCAUAGUUAAUGUAGAUAGCGAUUAUUUGUUGCUUGUGUACAGAGCUUUUUGUUGUUUUUUCUCUGUUUGUUUGGAUGUUUCAUUCUUUUAAUUUAAUGUUGUGCCAGGUAUUGUGUUUUAAAUGUGUAUAUAAUUUCAACAUAUUUCGCCAACUAACUGCGACUGUGUCUGCAAAUUGUAGAGGCAUACAGUAUUAUUUUGAUUUUGAGAAAAAGACUUUCUAGCGUUCUCUCGUACAGAUCUCUCCAGCAUCAUGUCAACAGUGUAAUUUUAGUGUUAUGAAAAAUAUGUAUUUCUAUUUAUUAAUGUCAUGGUAGCCUGAAUAAAUUUGUUCAGAUCAAUCCCAGUUUUACCAAAAUAUCUUAGUGUUUAUUGUACAACCACAGCACAAGCCAAACUUCUAAUGGUGCUGUUCCUUUUUUUUUAUACUACAGUACUGUACAAAAGUUGGCAACGGGUCUGAAUUUUACAUUUUUGGUUCAAAGUGUAUCAGUAUGUACAGAAAAAGGUACAACAGUGAGUGUGAGCAGCCAUCCAUUAAACAUGGUGGAGGCUCUGUCAUGGUUUGGGGGUCUGGAUUUCAGCUUGUGGUACUGGAGGUCUUGUGAAAAUUAAUGGAAUUAUGAAUGCAGAAAAGUGCCAUUAGAUUUUGAUUCACUAUGCAAUACCAUACCUGGAUAGAAAAACACAAUAAAAAGACAACAGUCAUGGAUUGGUAAGAAAACUUUUAAAUAGGACUCCAUGAACAUUUUGGUUUCUUUUUCAAAAGUUUCCACUCCUGUACCAGUACCAGUUUGGAGGCUUUGUCUGAGUGGACAAAAUUGCUCAAAUAUAAGUGCAUAGAGACUUGCCUUUUUUUAAUC